AUGCCGACUUCAUGGAAUGAUUUGCCCGAGAAAGUGCAAAAUAAGAUACUUGCGCGACUGCCACUUACAAGAUUCAUGAGAUUAUGCUGUGUGUGCAAACAAUGGUGGUCAUUGUACCACAAUGUUUCUUUUAUAAAUCUUCAAGCUACCCUCUCACAAACCACGAUAGUAGAAAUCAAGAAGAGCUCUACGAUUUUGGAUGCCCAGGAAAUGAAUUCCAUAGACGGAGAUCAAUAUUAUAAGGAAGUGCAAUUACCUUGUCAGAUUCAGGUUAGAGAUGUGUUAGGUCAUGGAGAUGGGUUAAUUUGUUUUUAUUUGAGAGAGAAUGGACACCAGCUUUUGAUUUGGAACCCUUUUACAGACCAAAGUAAGACCAUAAGAGCUCUGUGUGAGAGAAAAGACAUUAUCUCAACUGAGAUAUUCUACGACAAAAAUUCUUAUCGCAAUUUCAGAUUGAUGAACAUGCAACUCAACAGGCAAGGAGGAAUUGAAACCUGGAUCUACAGCUCUAUCAAAGAUAAUUGGCAGCAAAUUUUGGUACCACUGCAAAAAAGCUUAGCAAUUUAUUCGGUGGGAAUUCAUUUCUUAUACACAACCGUUCCAGAUCAUAAUUUUUUCAGAGUAAUCACAUUUGAUAUUGAAAAGGAAGAGUGGGUUCCAAGUGGGGUUAUUGUGUUGCCCUCGAAACUUUUUAUCUUAGGGCAGGAUGCUGAAAAACAAUUGUUUGUGGCCACAAAAGUUGCUGAAGAUGACUUUUUUCAGAUUGGGAAAUUUAAGAAAGUGGGAAAUUCUUUUGUAUUGAUGUGGAGUGAAACAACAAUACAGCUUCCUCCAUCUGUGCCAUCAAUUGAAUUGGAAUACAAUGGCAAUAUGCCUAACCCUAAUUCAAAUGCAGUGUUUGGGAACUCCAAGUUGUCAAUUUGUAUAGGAUACAAGCAUUCUGCACAAACAUUGCGAAAUGCCAUCGGGAUUUACACUGACAUAAAAGAAAACCAUACUUGGAUGUAUCGAAAGUACUGGUUAUCAUAUGAUACACAGAAAAAUAUUUGGAAGAGUUUGGAUAGAGAUCCAGAGUCCACAGUAUUGCAUUUUAUACCCACCCUCUUCCAGAUUUGA